AUGGAUGAGGAAAACGACAUUUUCGAAGUUCCUUCCACUUCAGCAGAAAGUUCGGUGGAUUCCAUCGAAAUAAUUUGGCAUCCUGCUUUGGAAGAAAAUCGUUAGUUUUAAAUUGGUUGAAAUAAAGUACAAAGUUUUUUUCAGAUAUGAAGUACAUUAAGGGCUUGUUGAUUGAUGUUUUCAAGCGGAUAAACAGUCUCAAUGGGCCUCCUAUGGUAUAAUCAAUAGACUAAAAAUAUACAAAUAUUUUUGUCAGGUAGUUGUCAGAAGAUAUCAGAAAAUAUUCGCUGUUUUUGGGGUUCGGUUUGAUUGUCGAAGUUCUUCAGAGAGGGGGGUCAAUAUUGCUCUGGCGGUUGAGCAAGAUCCUGGAAGCCCGAAAAGUAUUGAUAUUUUGUGAGUUUUGUAUUUUUUUUUCAAAAACUUGUUAAAAAUUUUAAGACGCUAAAUUUUGAGAAACACUGGAAAUUAAUUAUUGUUUUGUUUACUUAUUCCGAAAUUUUUUUGUAAGUAGAAAUAAAUUCAGAAUUCGUGAAAUUUCGAAGUUGAGAGAAGAGGAGCAGAAGGCGUCUUUUACUCACCACAGAUUGAAUCUUCGAUGUUUUGAAGGAAAAAGUGUGAGUUAUUGUAUGCAAAAUCGAAGAAAAAAGUCUUUGAAAUGUUAUAAAAAAAUCAUUUUCAUUCGUGAAUUUUAGGAAUCGGGUAGCGGAUGCAGUUUGGCAAAAAUAUCAGUUUUGGAACGCGUUUAUGAACAAAAAUCAACGUGCUCUCGAGACUCGAUUAGGUUUUUUUGAUACUUUGAAGUCCUUUUUUGAAAAUUAAAAAAAAAUUUUUUAGUAGAAUUGAAAAUUUCUAUUUUCAAGAAUUAUAGGACUUUGGAGCAAUCAGUUGUUUUAAAUGAUACUAAAGGUCUAGAAAAUCGCUAUUUCAGAUGAAAAAAAUUCAAGUGUCCAAAUUCGAACUAAAUUUUGAAAAACGAGCAGUUUCAGCCCACCAUCCCUACCUGCGCUACUAUCAAAAUAAAAGAAUUCACGAAAAUAUGCAGAAAAUGGAGCUCAGCUCGAUAUAUUUCGGAGAUGACUUAUUUUCCGAAUACCCGAUGCUCUUCUACACAUGUCUACAGGCGGUUAUUCAGAAUGUUGGAAAUAUUCCCAUGAUAUUCAAUAGUUUUUGGAGAUUUCAGUUUCAAACUUCUUUGGAAACUCUGGGCGAACAGCUAAUUCAGAUUGCUCAUUCACACGCUCUUCAUAUGGGCGAAAGGAGGUUUUUUUUUCGUUCUUUUGUAGAGUCUGCUGGAAAAAAAUAGUUGUGUUCAAUGAGAAAUUUUAUAACAAAGGAAAAUAUUAAUAUAACAGGACGGUCAAUUUCUUUUCGACCAGUUUCAGUAUUACUUAAAAACAGUGGACCCGAAAAAUACACCAAAUUUAAAUUAAAUCCAAAAAUCAGCAAUUGAAAAAUCAACAGGCGAUCAAACUUCAAAAAAAAGUUGAAUUGAAUCAAUCUCUCAUCACGGGUAAAAUCCAGAAAGACAUAAUUUUGAGAAAAGUUUUCGGAAAAAACCUCAAAAAUUUUUUUUCUUGAUUUUUUUUUUGAAACGGACUUUUUUAGGCGAAAAAAGGAAAUUCUGGGAAUUUCGAAACUCUUUUAUGAACUCAAAAAAGAACUUAGAUUCUUCUUUUUUUAGGGCCGUUUGGGCUUUUAUUCAAAAAUCUCAUGGUUUGAAAAAUCACAGAGUUUUAAAGUAUAAAUUAUUGAUUUCAAAUUUUGAAGAUGAAAAAGUUAGAUUUUUUUCCAAGCGGUCAAAGCUUCUUUUUUUCGAAGCAAGAAAAACAAAAACAAGGAUCAUACUUUUUAAGGAAAAACGUGGAAAUAGAAACGUAAUUUCAAAAAAGAUCCUCUUGAAGAUUUCACAACGACGUGAUGGCCCAUCUGAAUGAAGCUCUUCUCACGGCCCUGGGCCUUGGUUUGACCAAAGCGCAAGAGGAAAUUAUCACCUUCGAGUCGUUUGUCAGUUCCAGAAACAAAAAGCAUGAGGUUCAUUUUUAAUUUUUGAAAAUUUGAUGUUGUAUUGAAAAAGAUUUUUUUCUAGAUUUUUUUCGGAUGGCGAAAUAAGAGGUUUUCUGAACUUUUUUUGAUUUGAUGAGAGACGUUUCUCAAAUCUUUGAGCUUAUUAAAUGAAUUUUUGAAAAUGAGAAGUCUAAAGAAUUUUGAGGGAUAUUUCAACAAGAGUAUCUUUUUCCACCCACCUACACAGCUCUUUGAAAUAAUGAUAAAGAAGAGAUUCUGUGGCAGUUCUGUUAAGAAUCAAUUUUUUUUCAGUACACGGUUCCUUGGAUGGCUUGGAAAAUCCUUUGGAUGGUCGAGAAAAAUGUUUCGGGCGAUUAUGGCGCAUAUGCUAUCGAUGCUGCCCGCCUGGCAGAAUAUGCUGAUUCGGACGCCGAAGAAGGUUCUUUUUAUCUUUUUUUUUCAACUUCUGAUUUUUUAUAUUAUUUCUGAAGCUUCUCCAAUCCUUGUUAAAACUUUCAAUAUUAAUCCUAUAAAGCAGAAAGCUGAUUUAUAGGAUGAACUAAUCAUUAAAAAUAUUCAAAUUAAAAUGGAAAUGUUCAAAAAAAGUGAAAAGAUUGCUUUUUUUUUCCCCAGAAAUCGGCGUCUGUGGUUCUGUUUUCGUAGAAACGGCGUGCCGUAUUUGGAAGCAUUCUCGAAACUCCGAACAGCAUAUGUUGGUUGCUUGAUUUGAACAAUUUUUCGUGUAUUUAAUUUCAAAUUUCCAGCAUGGAUUCUCUUUCGAGUACGAUUAAACUCUAUCCGGCCUUAGCUCCACGUCUCGUUCAAGUGGCGAGUAACUGUGGGUUGGAGUUCGAGAAAGACGUUUUGAUCGAAGAUGUUAGUUAUUUAAGGAUAUUUAACUUCAAAAAAACUUUUUAAAAAAAUAAAAAAGCUUGACAAAAAAAAGAAAACGAUUUUUUUUCAAUUUCAAAGCAUCUUAAAAAAAGGUAAGAACGUCAAAAAAAAAAGAUUAAAAUUUACUUCGAACUAGCUGUCAAAAAUAGGGUUGCUGAAACUUUCUGAUUAUUGGAAAACAUUUUUCAACUUUCCUUUUUCUGAAAAUGAAAGUCUUACUUUUCAAGUUGCUUGAAAACAAGGAAAAUUUCUUCUUUUCAAGAAAAAAAAGUCCGUGCUUUGAAACAGUAUCCUGAUUGAAUUUGUAGCCUUUUUUCAUUUGUUUUUUUUUUGCCCAAUUACAAGAGACCUUUCGUUGCUUUUUUGACUUCAUUCAUCUCUAUAUAAAGUUUACUUUCUUCAAUUUUUUUUCUAUCUGAAAAAAAAGAUAAAAAACUUCCAAUUUCCUUUGAUUCUGAACGUAGUUUUGUUUGCUAUUUCUUUUCAAAAACUCUUUCAUAGCUAUUGAACGAAAAUUUUCGCUGUAAGGUUAAAGUUUCUCAUAAUUUCGGUCGUAUAGAAUAAAGUUUUAUUAUUUUGAAGGCCUGCCGAAAGAUGGACGAACACGGGCUGCACCCCAGCGAGCCGCUCUGGCUCGAUUGGUGCGAGGCGAGGCUGAAAAAUCUCACUAGGUCCUUGGAAAAUUCCCUUUUUGAAUUCCUUUUUGCUUGAUUUUGAGGUAUGGAGCUGUUGUAACCACGUUGACGAAAUGCGUCAAAGUUUUGUUUGGUUUUUUGGAUUUUGGGUCCAAUCGAAACUCCAGCCGCGCCUGGACUCUGCUUCAUGAAGCUGUUCAGAAGGUAAAAUGGAAUAUUAUUAUUUUAACCAAACCGGUGAAAUUUCGGCUUCCAGAAAAAAAGAUCCUUUGUAAAUUUAUAGAUGGACAAUCGCUUCGCAAAAAAAAAAACAAAGAAGCUAGUUUUCUAUUCAAAAAUCGGCUCGAAAAAUAAAACAGGGUUACAAAUUUCAAACUUCCUCUAUUUAUUGAGGAGUCUUAUUCGUAUCUUUCAGAGCUUUUUGACCAAUUUUCAACUUCAGCUUAUAGUCCUGUGAAGCCCAUCAUUUUUGGAAUUACCUUGUACUUAUUCAGGCUCUUCCUGACGUCGUUUUCAAUGAAUGGAAGCCUCGAUCGUCGUGGUGGCCCCGUUUCCAUGCAGAUGUCCUGGAGAAGAAGCGUCAUCGUCCUCGGAAAAGCUCAGAAGAAGAGAUCCUGACGUCUUCAGCCAAAAAUUUGAAGAUGGAGGUCCUUUCUGCCUUACAAAUCGAGUUUGCAGAUAGAGAACUCGAAUCAUAA